ACAGCGAAGCCCAAGUUGCCGAGCGAGCGGAGCGCUCUCGCGGCCCCGGAGCCCGAGUGGCCGCCGUGCCCGGGAGCCCGACCCGGCCCCGCCCGCUUGGGCCCCCUCGGGCCCAGGCCUCCGGGAGGGGGGCGGGGACGCCCAACUUGGGGCGCGGCGCAGCCCCGCUCUCCCGAGAUCGCAGAGCCCGGGAGCGCCACGGCCGCGGCCAGACGGCGGGAGCCGAGCGCGGAGACCGGAGGCGGCCGGCGGCUCCCGAGCUGCUGCUCCGGCCUCGGCAAGAGCGCGAAUUAUUUUCAAAGGACUCAAACUUUCCUCCUUCCCCUGCUGGCUGCGGUCCCUCUUGCUUUGGAAUCGUUCUCCGGGUUCCCGCGGGGGCGCCGGGACGCGAUCGCCUCCCUCGGAUUCCUCGGCGGCGGCUCAGCCAACUUCGUGGACCCGGGGACCCGGAGUGCUCGCCCCGGGGCCGAAUCCAGUCCUCGCUGCUCCCGCUCUCGACAAGACCGGGAUCCGGGGCGCCCUAGCCUCCGGAAAGGGCGCCAGCCCCAUUCCCUUGGGUCGGGCUGCCGAGCCCUCCGCACCCACUGCAGGACUGGAGCCAGCGGGUUAACCUCCCGGCCUGGAUCCACCGAGGGGCGUCCCCUGGGCGGGGAACGACAAGUUUGUCAGGCAUCUGUGGCCUGUUGGAUCCGAGCGCGGCCGCCGCAGCAGAGAGGUCCUCCGCGCUCAGCACCCUCGGCAGACAGCCCUGGGGACCCGGGGCUGCUAGGUGGCCGAGCUUUCUGGACCAGGGAGCUGGUUGCUGCGCCCGGUGCGCAGAGGCACCAGGGUCUGGGCCAGCGCCCCCAGCGUCCCCACCCGGGCAGCCGCCCUGUGGGAAGAGGAUAGAGCCGAGUCGCCUCCUGCUCAAGACUCCUGCUCUCGGUCGCGUCUCAGGGAAAAGGAGGGAAGGCAGAGGGCAUCGAGGUGCCCCGGCGGAUGCGCCCCCCGCCGCCUCUCAGGCUGCGCCGCCUCGCGGGGAUGAAGCACUGGCCGUGAAGAUGGAGGUGACCUGCCUUCUACUUCUGGCGCUGAUCCCCUUCCACUGUCGGGGACAAGGAGUCUACGCCCCAGCCCAGGCCCAGAUCGUGCACGCAGGGCAGGCCUGUGUGGUGAAGGAGGAUAAUAUCAGCGAGAGAGUCUACACCAUCCGAGAGAGCGACACCCUGGUGCUGCAAUGCCUCGUCACUGGGCACCCCCGGCCCCAGGUGCGGUGGACCAAGACUGCUGGCAGCGCAUCUGACAAGUUCCAGGAGACGUCCGUGUUCAACGAGACGCUGCGGAUCGAGCGCAUCGGCCGCACGCAGGGCGGCCGCUACUACUGCAAGGCAGAGAACGGGGUGGGAGUGCCGGCCAUCAAGUCCAUCCGCGUGGAUGUGCAGUACUUGGAUGAGCCCAUGCUGACGGUACACCAGACAGUGAGCGACGUCCGAGGCAACUUUUACCAGGAGAAGACAGUGUUUCUGCGCUGCACCGUCAGCUCCAACCCACCCGCCCGCUUCAUCUGGAAGAGAGGUUCCGACACCCUCUCCCACAGCCAGGACAAUGGGGUUGACAUCUACGAGCCUCUCUAUACCCAGGGGGAGACAAAGGUCUUGAAGCUGAAGAACCUGCGGCCCCAAGACUAUGCCAGCUACACCUGCCAGGUGUCCGUGCGUAACGUGUGUGGCAUCCCAGACAAGGCCAUCACCUUCCGGCUCACCAACACCACAGCACCGCCAGCCUUGAAGCUGUCUGUGAACGAAACUCUGGUGGUGAACCCUGGGGAGAACGUGACAGUGCGGUGUCUACUGACUGGUGGAGAUCCCCUCCCCCAGCUGCACUGGUCCCACGGACCUGGCCCACUGCCCCUGGGUGCUCUGGCUCAGGGUGGCACCCUCAGCAUCCCUUCAGUGCAGGCCCGGGACUCUGGCUACUACAACUGUACGGCCACCAACAACGUAGGCAACCCAGCCAAGAAGACGGUCAACCUGCUGGUGCGAUCCUUGAAGAAUGCCACAUUCCAGAUCACCCCCGACGUGAUCAAAGAGAGCGAGAACAUUCAACUCGGUCAGGACCUGAAGCUUUCAUGCCACGUGGAUGCGGUGCCCCAGGAGAAGGUGGCCUACCAGUGGUUCAAAAAUGGCAAGCCGGCACGCAUGUCCAAGCGCCUGUUGGUGACCCGCAAUGACCCUGAGCUGCCCGCCGUCACCAGCAGCCUGGAGCUCAUUGACCUGCACUUCAGUGACUACGGCACUUAUUUGUGCUUGGCUUCUUUCCCAGGAUCACCAGUGCCUGACCUCAGCAUUGAGGUCAACAUCUCCUCCGAGACAGUGCCGCCCACCAUCAGUGUGCCCAAGGGCCGCUCGGUGGUGACAGUGCGCGAGGGCUCUCCUGCCGAGCUCCAGUGUGAAGUGCGCGGCAAGCCCCGGCCGCCGGUGCUGUGGUCCCGCGUGGACAAGGAGGCCGCCCUGCUGCCCUCAGGGCUGGCCCUGGAAGAGACUCCGGAUGGGAAGCUGCGGCUGGAGCGCGUGAGCCGCGACAUGAGCGGCACCUACCGCUGCCAGACGGCGCGUUACAACGGCUUCAACGUGCGAUCCCGGGAGGCUCAGGUGCAGCUGACGGUGCACUUCCCGCCAGAGGUGGAGCCCAGUUCCCAGGACGUGCGCCAGGCGCUGGGCCGGCCGGUGCUCCUGCGCUGCUCGCUCCUGCGCGGCAGCCCCCAGCGCAUCGCCUCGGCCGUGUGGCGCUUCAAAGGACAGCUGCUGCCCCCGCCGCCCGUUGUCCCUGCCGCCGCCGCCGAGGCCACCGAUCACGCCGAGCUGCGCCUGGACGCCCUGACCCGGGACAGCAGCGGCAGCUACGAGUGCAGCGUCUCCAACGACGUGGGCUCAGCCACCUGCCUCUUCCAGGUCUCGGCCAAAGCCUACAGCCCGGAGUUUUACUUCGACACCCCCAACCCCACCCGCAGCCACAAGCUGUCCAAGAACUACUCCUAUGUGCUGCAGUGGACACAGAGGGAGCCGGACGCCGUGGACCCUGUGAUCAACUACAGACUCAGCAUCCGCCAGUUGAACCAGCACAAUGCCUUGGUCAAGGCCAUCCCUGUGCGCCGUGUGGAGAAGGGGCAGCUGCUGGAGUACAUCCUGACUGACCUUCGUGUGCCCCACAGCUAUGAGAUCCGCCUCACACCCUACACCACCUUUGGGGCUGGUGACAUGGCUUCCCGAAUCAUCCACUACACAGAGCCCAUCAACUCGCCCAACCUAUCAGACAACACCUGCCACUUCGAGGAUGAGAAGAUCUGCGGUUACACCCAGGAUCUGACAGACAACUUUGACUGGACUCGGCAGAAUGCUCUUACCCAGAAUCCCAAGCGUUCUCCUAAUACUGGUCCCCCUACCGACAUCAGUGGCACCCCUGAAGGCUAUUACAUGUUCAUUGAGACAUCCAGACCCCGGGAGCUGGGGGACCGAGCAAGGCUGGUGAGUCCCCUGUACAAUGCCAGCGCCAAGUUCUACUGUGUCUCUUUCUUCUACCACAUGUAUGGGAAACACAUCGGCUCCCUCAACCUUCUGGUGCGGUCCAGGAACAAAGGCGCUCUAGAUACACAUGCCUGGUCCCUCAGUGGCAAUAAGGGCAAUGUGUGGCAGCAGGCCCAUGUGCCCAUCAACCCCAGUGGGCCUUUCCAGAUUAUUUUUGAGGGGGUUCGAGGCUCGGGCUACCUGGGGGAUAUUGCCAUAGAUGAUGUCACAUUGAAGAAGGGAGAAUGUCCCCGGAGGCAGAUGGAUCCCAACAAAGUGGUGGUGAUGCCAGGCAGCGGAGCCCCCAGCCUGUCCAGCCUGCAGCUUUGGGGAUCCAUGGCCAUCUUCCUCUUGGCAUUGCAGAGAUGAUGAGAGCUGUGUGGCCCCUACCCCACCCUGCCCCCGGCACACCAAAGUGUCCACAUCGUACCAAAGACUGACCCCUGCCAGCCGGGGUGCCCAGGGGCGGGGCCGGCCCGCCAGGGAGGGGGCCUUCAUUGGCUGCAAGGAUGAUCGGAGAACACGGACAGAGGCCAGGCCAGGCUCUGAUGGUUGUUCAACACACACACACACACACACACACACACACACACACACACACACACACAGAGAUAUAUUAAAGCACAAGUUUCUAUCCGACCUGCCAGCACCUUCUUUACUAUGGAGACAAGGGACUUACCUGGAUGGCGCCCGACACCUCCGAGGACCUUGGUGCCACGCUGGCCUCAUCUUGGCUACACUGCACUGUUUCUGACCUUGCCCUGUCCCCUGACUCCAGGCCGAACUCCAGCCCAGAGGCUUGCCAGAAGGGAGCUGGAUGUGGGCACACACAUCAGACUUGUGCUGCUCAGAUGGUGGUCACAGGGGUCAGAGGCAGGCCAGGUGGGACCUCUCUGACUGAGAAGGAAGGGGUACCUGCUGAAGACAGCUGUCCCCAGAGUGUGGAGACAGGCUGGAUGGGUGAGGUUCCAGUCAACUCAGAUCAUCCUGUCCCUGAGAUGUCAAUACCCCCCCCCCUCCCCACUGUGCCCACUUGGAACGGACCCAGCACAGGGCUUAGGGUAUGUGCAGUGUGAGGACUGAGCCUCCCAUCCUGCCCCCACUCCAGAUAGUCCUAGCUUGGGACUUCUGGAGAAGCUGGGCGUGUGAGAGGUGUCCAUGCCAUGUUCCCAGGUGGGGCUUGGCUUUGAGAGGAACAGAGUCUUCCCCUCCUGCCUCUUGUGAUUCCAUGUUCCCACAGAGAACCAUGAACUCAUGAGUGGAGUGGAUCCCCUGGUUCUUAGGUAUUUAGUCUGACAGGGAGUUCGGGAAGGAGGGGCCCAAGGAGGAUAGGACACUGUCUAGUCAGCCCGGGAGCUCUGGGGUGAUGGAUGGAGAUGGCUGUGUCUCUUUGUUCCCUGGGAGCUGGGGAGAGCUUUGCCCUUGGAGCUUGAAAUUGAUGGGAUAGGAUCUAGAACUUUCCUCUUUGUUCCACUUUACCCCCUGCCCAGCUUCUGUGGGAGAGCAGAAUCCUAGCCCCUUCUUGAAUGAGUCUAUACACGCGCAUGUGGUGUGUCUGUGUGUCUCUGAAUGUGUAAGAGAGAGAGAGAG